GUAUUACAUUUUUGUACUCUCUCCUUGCAUUUUUUUUAAAGAUAAGAAGGCCCUGUGGCUAAAUAUAAGCUGGUAAUUUGAUCAUUACUUGUUAUUCACUUGAACUACUACAGUCAACAUAUAAUGGACAGUGAACAGAGAGAACUCUUUUGGUAAGCCAUGUAGUUUUUCCAAGCAUGAUUGCUAUGCUAUGUGUAUUUAGAUGGAAGCUUUUCCCUGUAUAAUCAGCUUGCUGCUGCCCAUUUUACUGCCAAACAUUCCUUCUCUAUGAUAGCAUAAUACUGUUACCAAGGGAACAGCUUAUGGCCGACACUUGCAGUAGUGCCACAAAUUAAUUUCACAGUUAUCAGGAUAUAGGACGAUAACAGUAACGUGGGCUACUGUGAAAUUACCAUUGUUCCCAUGGAGUUACAGUGUGCCUGAAAUGUGCUGAUGCCCCCUGUCAGAAGAGCUGUCCAACUAAUCUAGAUAUCAAAUCAUUCAUCACAAGUAUUGCAAACAAGAACUAUUAUGGAGCUGCUAAGAUGAUUUUUUCUGACAACCCACUUGGUCUGACCUGUGGAAUGGUAUGUCCAACCUCUGAUCUUUGUGUGGGUGGAUGCAACUUAUAUGCCACUGAAGAGGGACCAAUUAAUAUUGGUGGAUUGCAGCAGUUUGCCACUGAGGUUUUCAAAACAAUGAAUAUCACACAAAUUCGAGAUCCUUCUCUGCCUCCCCCCGAAAAAAUGCCUGAAGCCUAUUCUGCAAAAAUUGCUCUUUUUGGUGCUGGGCCUGCAAGUAUAAGUUGUGCUUCCUUUUUGGCUCGAUUAGGCUACUCUGACAUCACUAUCUUUGAAAAACAAGAAUAUGUUGGUGGUUUAAGUACUUCUGAAAUCCCUCAGUUCCGGCUACCAUAUGAUGCAGUGCAUUUUGAGAUUGAGCUUAUGAAGGACCUUGGUGUAAAGAUAAUUUGUGGCAAAAGCCUGUCAGUGGAUGACAUGACUCUUAGUACUUUGAAAGAAGAAGGGUACAAAGCUGCUUUCAUUGGAAUAGGUUUGCCAGACCCCAAUAAAAACCACAUCUUCAAAGACCUGACACAGGACCAUGGAUUUUACACAUCCAAAGACUUUUUGCCACUUGUAGCCAAAAGCAGUAAAGCAGGGAUGUGCGCCUGUCACUCUCCAUUGCCGUCGAUACGGGGAGUCGUGAUUGUACUCGGAGCUGGAGACACUGCUUUUGACUGUGCAACAUCCGCUUUAUGUUGUGGAGCCCGCCGCGUGUUCAUCGUCUUCAGAAAAGGCUUUGUUAAUAUAAGAGCUGUCCCCGAGGAGGUGGAGCUUGCUAAGGAAAAAAGGUGUGAAUUUUUGCCUUUCCUGUCUCCACGGAAGGUUAUAGUAAAAGGAGGGAGAAUUGUUGCUAUGCAGUUUGUUCGGACAGAGCAAGAUGAAAUGGGAAACUGGAAUGAACAUGAAGAUGAGCUAGUCCAUCUGAGAGCCGAUGUGGUCAUCAGUGCCUUUGGUUCAGUUCUGAGUGAUCCUACAGUAAAAGAAGCCUUGAGCCCUCUAAAAUUUAACAGAUGGAAUCUCCCAGAAGUAGAUCCAGAAACUAUGCAAACCAGUGAACCAUGGGUGUUCGCAGGUGGUGAUAUUGUUGGUGUGGCUAACACUACAGUGGAAUCAGUGAAUGAUGGAAAGCAGGCUUCUUGGUACAUUCACAAAUAUAUACAGUCACAAUAUGGAGCUUCUGUUUCUGCCAAGCCUGAAGUGCCCCUCUUUUACACCCCUAUUGAUCUGGUGGACAUUAGUGUGGAAAUGGCUGGACUGAAGUUUAUAAAUCCUUUUGGUCUUGCUAGUGCAACUCCAGCUACCAGUACAUCAAUGAUUCGAAGAGCUUUUGAAGCUGGAUGGGGUUUUGCCCUGACCAAAACUUUCUCUCUUGAUAAGGACAUCGUGACAAAUGUUUCGCCUAGAAUCAUCCGGGGAACUACCUCUGGCCCCAUGUAUGGCCCUGGACAAAGCUCCUUCCUGAAUAUUGAGCUCAUCAGUGAAAAAACGGCUGCAUAUUGGUGUCAAAGUGUCACCGAACUAAAAGCUGACUUUCCAGACAAUAUUGUGAUUGCUAGCAUCAUGUGCAGUUACAGCAAAAAUGACUGGAUGGAACUCUCCAAAAUGGCUGAGGCUUCUGGAGCAGAUGCCCUGGAGUUAAAUUUAUCAUGUCCACACGGCAUGGGAGAAAGAGGAAUGGGCCUGGCCUGCGGGCAGGAUCCAGAGCUGGUACGGAACAUCUGUCGCUGGGUUAGGCAAGCUGUUCAGAUUCCUUUUUUUGCCAAGUUGACCCCGAAUGUCACUGAUAUCGUAAGCAUCGCAAGAGCUGCAAAGGAAGGUGGUGCAGAUGGCGUUACAGCCACCAACACUGUCUCAGGUCUAAUGGGAUUAAAAGCCGACGGCACACCCUGGCCAGCAGUGGGCAUUGGGAAGCGGACUACAUAUGGAGGAGUAUCUGGCACAGCCAUCAGACCUAUUGCUUUGAGAGCUGUGACCUCCAUUGCUCGUGCUUUGCCUGGAUUUCCCAUUUUGGCCACUGGUGGAAUUGACUCGGCUGAAAGUGGUCUUCAGUUUCUCCACAGUGGAGCCUCAGUCCUUCAGGUAUGCAGUGCCAUUCAGAAUCAGGACUUCACUGUUAUCCAAGACUACUGCACUGGCCUCAAAGCCCUGCUUUAUCUGAAAAGCAUUGAAGAACUGCAAGACUGGGACGGGCAGAGUCCGGCUACCAUGAGUCAUCAGAAAGGGAAACCGGUUCCGCGUAUUGCUGAACUCAUGGGAAAGAAACUGCCAAGUUUUGGACCUUAUCUUGAGCGGCGCAAGGAAAUCAUAGCAGAGAACAAGAUUAGACAGAAAGAACAAAAUGCAGCUUUUCCGCCACUUGAGAGAAAGCCUUUUAUCCCCCGAAAGCCUAUUCCUACCAUCAAGGAUGUAAUUGGAAAAGCACUGCAGUACCUUGGAACUUUUGGGGAACUGAGUCACCUCGAGCAAGUUGUGGCCAUGAUCGAUGAAGAAAUGUGUAUCAACUGUGGCAAAUGCUACAUGACCUGUAAUGACUCUGGCUACCAGGCUAUACAGUUUGAUCCUGAAACCCACCUGCCCACCAUUACUGACUCCUGUACGGGCUGUACCCUGUGUCUCAGCGUCUGCCCUAUUAUCGACUGCAUCAAAAUGGUUUCCAGGACAACACCUUAUGAACCAAAGAGAGGCUUGCCCUUAGCUGUGAAUAAUCUGGUGUGUUAAGGUGAUUUGUGAAACAGUUGCUGGGAACUUUGAGGUCGCCUAGUAUGCUGAUCUUUUUAACUGUGAUCAUUAUGUUCAGCUCUUUCUAAAUUGAAACAAAUACAUAAUUUCAAAGAAAAAAAUUCUGAGUGAAUAAUGUAAUUUCUAAAUAAAUUUCCAAAUUUUGAAAAAUGUCUACUGCCAGUGGCCAUGCAAUUAAUGGUCAUAAAAUAGAAUAAUUCUCCUGUGAGAAUACUUGCUAAAUAACUGCGUAGCAGUUAAUUGGACAUUCACCAUCAGUUGUCCAUUUUGAAAAAUAGUAACUUUUUUGUGGCAAUUAAUGCAGUAUUUCCAAAUAGCCUGGUGCUGUGCUCUGUCUUUGAUUUCUAAUUGUAAGUGAAAUUAAGUAUUUUAGAACAAAGUACCAUUUAACUUACAAGAAAAUGUUUCCAAGGAAACAUUUUAUAAUUAAAAAUUACAUUUAAUUUUAACCCUGUUUCUAAGCAAAUGUAAUUAGCUCCAUAAAGCACAAAUGAAGAAAGUCAAAUGAUUAUUUACCAUGGCAGGAGAAGAAAGCCAAAGAGGAUUUGCAAAACUUUUUUAAGUCCCCUUUGUUAAAAAUAGCUUCUUUGUGGGGGGGCUAGAACCUCAAAGUGAUAGUAUUUAGUAAUCAUUCGUAUCACUCUGCUAGUCACCAUUCAAGCCUGAGGUGGGUGUUCAAACUCUACCAAUGAAUCAACAUGAUAUUCUUCUUUAAAUAUUUAAACUAUGUUCCUAACAAAACAAGAUAUUAGGAUGGAAUUUUGGUUAAAGCUACUCUUUUGCUGUGCACAGAUCUGCUCUGUCUGCUUCUAAUAGUAGCCUUCAUGAUUAUAGCAAUUAAUGUUUGAACAAAGACCAAAUUAUACAGCAGUGGGCCAUGUGCUUCUUAUUCAAGAGUGAAAAAUAUAGUAUUGGUAAUAUAUAUUAAGUGGGCAAAGCCUAUUUGACUACUCUCUAUUUUAGUGUUUAAUUUUUUAAAAGGUAAUCAAAUAAAAAGAAAUAUAUAUUUUCUGUUAUUGCCAGUAUUUUUGUAUUUCUCUAUUUUCAUAAUCAACAAAUAGCAUCAUAUAAAUUCAUUUAUCUCUUUUUUGUGGUAUAUUCAAUAUGAAUCCAUAAGUAACAUAUCUUUAAGUAACAAUCUGUGGUAUAUUUCUAUGAAAAAUGUAAGAUCUAGAAAAAUAAAUGUUUGUUUAUGCACUUUUAGAAAUGCACAUUUACCGCAAAAUCCGCAUGAUUGAGUAAUAUCAAAUAAAAUAUCAUAAAGCAUCUUAAACAA